GUCCUAGGACUGAAAUGGCUCCUUUUCAGGGUAUCACCAGGGAAAAUCAAAAUUCUCCUGUAGAACCUUGCGCAAAGAAAGUGUCCUCAUCCUCUGCUGGGGGUCAACCAGAAAGAAACAAGGUGAUCGGGACUGAUCGCGCUGUGCAACCAAAACUGGCAUUUAGCCUGAAAGGAAAAGAGCUUGACCGAUCUGUUACUCUUUAUCAAUCAAUCCUGCAAGAUCAGAUCAACGUGGGAGCUGAUGUAAUUUUGGACACCCAGUUUUGGCACAGUGUGCAUGAUGUAACAUUUCGAAUGGCUGCGACAAAUCCAGAAAAAGAUGAUUGUCCUGAUUCGUCUAAUGCACCAAUAUCAACAAAUGACAGUAAAACAGGGUUGAUGUGGCAGGCACUCCCUUCCUUCAGCAGCUUGUUGCUUGGCAAGAUUUCAUGCAAAAUUGAUAGGUCAAGUCCAUCAUAUGACAUAUUGUUUAUGCUAAAAGUCUUAGAAGGAUUAAACCGAUUCUCAUUUCACCUCGUGUCUAAUGAGAGAAACCAUGCUUUUGCUCAAGGAAGGAUAACUAACCUUGAUGAUCUGAAGCCUUCUGUUUCUUCAGUUCCACUGCAGGAGUUUGUUAGUGCAAAAUUGACAGAUAAACUGGAGCAACAGAUGCAUGAUCCCUUGGUUUCAAGGUCUCGCUGUCUGCCUUUAUGGUGCGCUGAACUGAUGUCCACAUGCCCUUUCUUAUUUUCUUUUGAGGCACGAUGGAAGUAUUUCCAGCUGACAGCAUUUGGUUCUUCAUCAAUACAACAUGGGCACAUGAGGGAUACAAGUGGAAACAAUAUAGCAACGGAAAGAAGCCCGUCCUUUUCACGGAAAAAGUUCAAAGUUGAUCGCAACGAUAUACUGGUUUCAGCAGCAAAAGUGAUGCGUUCCUAUGCUCGGAGUAAUGCACUGCUUGAAGUAGAAUAUGAAGAAGAAGUAGGCACAGGUUUGGGUCCUACAAUGGAAUUCUAUACAUUGAUAAGUCAUGAGUUUCAGAAGUCUGGGUUAGGCAUGUGGAGGGGGGAGCUUCCUUGUGAAGCUCGCACCGACAAAACUCACAUUGGUCCCCGAACUGUGGUCGCGCCUAAUGGACUAUUUCCUCGACCCUGGUCUGCUUCUGUAGAACUUCCUUCGGAAGUAAAAAAUAGAUUUCACCUCCUUGGUUUGGUUCUCGCAAAGGCAAUUAAAGAUGGCAGAAUUCUUGACAUUCCAUUCUCCAAAGCAUUUUACAAGCUUAUCCUAGGACAGGAGCUUAAUAUAUAUGAUAUCAAUUCAUUUGAUCCUGAACUGGCAACGACCCUUAUGGAGUUUAAAGCACUUACUUGUCAAAGGAAAUACUUAGAAUCAUGUUCGACAAAGGAAUGCCAGAGCCCAUCUGAUUUCUCUUAUCGAGGUUGUACAAUUGAGGAUCUUGCUAUUGACUUCACUGUCCCUGGGUAUCCAGAGUAUGUGCUUUCUCUGGAGAGUAGCUCAGAUAAUGUAACCGCUGAGAAUUUGGAAGAAUAUGUUUCUUUUGUUGUCGAGGCAACAGUUAAAAAUGGAAUCUCAAGACAACUGGAAGCUUUCAAGUCAGGAUUUAGUCAGGUAUUUCCACUAAGCACACUUCAGGUAUUCUCAGAGGAUGAGCUGGAGAGAUUACUCUGUGGAGAACAAGACAAUUGGGAUUUUGUGAAACUUGUUGAUCACAUAAAAUUUGAUCAUGGCUACACCUCCAGCAGCCCUGCAGUCAUCAAUUUGUUAGAGAUCAUACAAGAGUUCGGAUGCCAUGAGCGCAGAGCUUUCUUGCAAUUUAUAACGGGUUCACCUCGACUCCCUCCAGGUGGUUUAGCUGCACUGAAUCCUAAUUUGACAGCUUGUUCGGAAGCAUAG